GUAAUCUUUGCUUUGAUAAAAAUCGUUACUAACGCUAUUUCUCAGUAAUAUAUUUCUAUAAUUCCCGAAUUUGUAUUUGCGGUGACCUGUUUUGAAUAUAUUUUCACUGUGCCAUCUACUCUUAGGUAAAUACAUAUCCAAAUAACACAAUGACUUCAGUACCGUUCAACGUUGGCCUCGGUGACGACAACCGUGCAUCCAGCAGGGUGCUCCGCCCCCCGGGCGGCGGACAUACUGACAUUUUCGGAGGGGACCCGGAGCCGCCGCGUGGCCGUCGCCAGAAUCCUGCCGCUGCAUAUGCAACAUCUCUUGGCGAGCAUCAGCCCCAUAAUGGCAACGCUCCGGCUCAGAAUGGGCAAGAAACUCCAGCGCCAGCCCCAACUCCCGAAGCUCAACCCAAGACUGAAGCGCCGGCCUCCGAGCCAGCGAAGCCGGAGCCCGUGGCGGCGGCCCAGCCGGCCCCGGAGCCUCCGAAGCGUGUCCGCGUGCCCCCGGGCGGCUUCUCCUCCGGGCUCUGGUAAAACUGGAUACCCAUAGCUUGGUUUCGUGGCGUUAAUGUAUUCUCGCUGGGACCAGUGAUACUAAUUUUUUCUAUUUAGCCUAUUUGUCAAACGUGCCUUUGUUACGAAAAGCUAAGAUUUUCGGUUGUUUUGUUUGGAGUGGAGUCGUUCUGGUCCCAUGUUAGUUUUCUUAGCGUAUUUGCUUAAAGUAAGCCGGUGUUGCAUUGGUACUUGUUUAAUCCUCGCAGAAUGCAAAUUCUAUUUUUACUGAACAUGUAACUUUCGGUACUAGUAUUAUUUUAGGAGAUUAUUCUAUAUUUAACCACUGCAUUUUGAGCUUUUGUCAAAGCAAAACUUUGCUAGCCAACUCUCUAUUAGAUUAACUUCUUGUCACAAAAUUUUUGAUAAUUUUAACUUUUAUUGGCCAAAAAUGUAUUUGUAAUGUUUACACCGGGUUCUGUACCAUACUAAUAAAAAAAAAAAUAGAGCUCCUUGAGAGCUGUUUGAAAAACAUUCCCCAUUUUCUUACAGAGAUGACAAGUCUGAUCUUUAUGCUUGGUAUGGAGCCCUAGUUGUUUCUCUAUUUUAGUGUUGUAGGUUGAGAGCUUGUUUGGCUCUGACUGACUUGUGCCUCCACGUUGACAUAAUGUUGUACUUAAAGGUUACGAUCUUUUGCAUUUAGUUUUAUUAAUAAUGGCCUACGGCAAAGAAUGCGAUUAUGUAUAUUGAUAAUUAUAAUUGUAUUUUUAUAUGAAUUAAAACACCAUUAAAACA